AUGGAAAAUGCCAUGGAAAAAAGGAUGGAUUUUGGCCUCCUUUCAGCUCGGAUGGAGUUUCCCGGUAGGGACAAGGUCCGGGCGAGCGGUCGCAGUGGGAGAGCGUCCUCCCCUCUUUGGGAGGAAGGCGCCCGGCACGGCUUCCGAGGCUUCCCAAGCCGGGAGCACGCCUGGAGCCGCCCCCACUCCGCUCUGCGCCCCUGCUGCUGCGGGCGGUGGCGAGCAACACGCCGACCUUCAAGAAAGCAGGCAGGGAGGGCGGUACCGUGGGCCGGGCUGUCCCGCCCCGCCCUCGACGGGGUCCGGCUUUGCCCGCGUCUCCCCUUCGGGCUCCGUCCCGCCUGUCUCCCGGGGGUUGCGGGUCAGCCCUCGGGGAAUCGGCCUUUGGUCUCUGACCUGCCCCUUCGGCGGCAGCGGGGAACCCGAGCAUCGUCACCGGGGGACGGACCCGCCCGGGAGGCGGCAGCGGGCGCCGGCUGGUGCCUCUGCGGCCCUGACCCCGGGGAGCGGCAGCGCUUUGGCUUGUUUCUUGGAGGUCAGCAAUACCCCAUGCCACUGAAACAACCAGAGAAGAGCCCAUUUCUCUCCCAGAUUCUGUGUCUCAGUGACCUUUCAAGAGCUCCCCAUGAAAUGCCACUGUCUGGGUGCCACAGGAAGUAGAUCAAAGAGACUGAUUCAGCCUACGUGAGGCUAGCAAAGCAAAGAGGCCAACCUGACCUACUGAAGCACUACACUCCUGUGGUGAUGAAGUCCCCUUCAGCAGCAUAUACUGCACCUUUUUGGUAUUCAAACUGUGCCAAUCCUGCAGGGAUUGAGAAACCACGGACCUGUGUUUCGUCUCUACCAGAUUACAUGGUUCACAGAGAGUUUAUGGCUGAUGACCAUCACGGUAACAGUUAUGAGACAAGCAGAGGGCCUUUUGAAUUUGAUACAAAAGGUAUUUGGCUGCGGGAAGUUGAGGACAAAGAAAAUGCAGAGAAAAAGAAGGUAAAGCUUCCACCUAUAAGCCCUAAAUAUCCAAGCAGAAUUCCAACUGUUUCUACAAACAAGGAAUUUAGUGGAGAAAAUAAGCUUGCCUUCCCACCCAUGCCUGCUCAGAGAAAAAGUGAAGCAGUAAAUUUUAGCAAAUUAAUAAGCAAUGGUUAUGGGACUGACUGGUUUCAGCAGUGUACUGGAUGGGAAAAUAAGACUCAAGAAACAUCAGAAAAUAGUGAGCACUCUGAAGAUUCUGAAUCACCACCUGGAAGCAAUGAGUUAAAGUCACAGUUCCAGGGAUGUAAUAAGUAACUUGAAACAUUCUUGGGGAAACUAAAGCUUUGUAUUGCUUAUAUAGCCCUAUUUACUAUUAUGUACUAUUUACAUGUUGGGCAGAUUAUUUUUCUAAUUUAACUCAUACCUGAUUGAGAUGUUUGCAAAAUGGAUGAACUUCAUUGGGCUUGAUUACAGCAAAUUUUAAAGAAUAGACAACAGCUAUCAAUGCUUAGUCCUAGACCAAAAUAAAGCAAAGCUGAGGUUUUCUCCCACGCAAGACUCCUGCUGCUUUGCUAUUCUCAGAGAGGGUUACCGUAUUGCUGACUUGACUAGACACAGGUAUGCUAUUGAUGUGUCCAAAUCAGCAAGUGUCUUCAGUUAAUUACAGCUGUACUCAUGAGUUAUGCCACAAAGAAAGGUGAAGGGGAACUGUGUGGUAUGGGAUGAAAUGAAGACAGAAAGAAUUGAACUGGUAUGGAUACUUGCAGUAAAAAAGUUAAACCUUCACUGAAAAGACUGUUUCUUCAUUUUGAAAGCUCAUUUACUUUGAACAGACACUCAGCUUUCUAGGACAGCUCUAUUGCUGUGCCUGCUGCACAAGAACUAGUUGAUCAGUCAUAGUGUUCAACCACAUAGUUAAAGACCUGGUGGCAUUUCCUGGUAUAGUCUUGUUGUGUAGAAGUUGAAUUGUUGGUUAACAGUUCUAUGGACUCAGCUAUCUGUGAUGUCUGCACUUUCAGCUGUUAGAUUAAAAAAAUUAUCUAUCCUGAAGUCUUGACUGCAACAAAAAUAUUAUAUGCUAGAUCACUGUGUUUAUUCAUAUCAGCAGAAGUUUGUACUUUGAAAUAGCAAUGUAUAGAUGUUGCACUUUAAUAUUUUGAAAAACUUAAAAUACACUGAUAUUUCAAUUCUUGCAUUUUAUCUACUUGGAUUAGGAUAUAUCCCUGAAAUCUUAUUAAUAAUUAAAUAUUGAUUAUAAAUUCCACUAGAAAGUGGGUGCAAUUUCAUUACCAAGUUUUUUUGCUAAUACCAUGAAAAGUAAACUCUUAAUUUUUAGAAUUUCCUCUUCAGAUUACAUUCAGUACAUUUUACACCUUUGAAUCCAAGUCCUGAAGGUUCUAAAAUGUAUUAAUAAAUGUAGAUUUCUUUGAACAGAAUGUUUAGAGUAUUUGGUUUAACACUGUUCCUUUAGAACCUCAAUGUAAAAAUUGAUUUGAAAUAGGUAAACCAUUGCUAAUCUGAACCUGCAAAAUUUUCAGCAAACUGCAGAAAUUUUGCUGUUGGUGUUGUUAGACCUAGCACCCGAGUCCAUCUUUGCUAUCCAAUAUUUUGAACAAUUCAACUAAAUUGUAUUUAAAAAAAUAAAAGGCAAAGACAUAUGCAAAUGCUUAAAUGUACAGUUACUGGCUGCUCAGCAAAUUUCUCUAAAUAUAAAAAAAGCUUACAUCAAGCUGUUACUUUAGUGGUGUGUGAGAUUACUUAGCUUGUAUCUGUUUUCAGUUACAAUUUGUGUUGCAAAUUAUGUCCAGAUACAUUGAAACCAUUAAUUUUGCUGCGAAGGCUGAGCUUCUGGGGAAAUCCAGUUUUCUAGGCCACCCUUAUCAGGGGAUGCCAGAGUUGGAGCUCAUAGCAUUAAAACCUGACCAGCUGUGGUGGGUUGACCUUGGCUGGACACCAGGAGCCUGCCAAGCCUCUCUAUCACUCCCCUUCCCAGCAGGACAGGGGAGAGAAAAUAAGGCGGAACACAACUUGUAGGAGUGACUCCAGUAAAGGGCAACAGAGCUGGUGAAGUUUCUAGAAAGUAAGUCCUAUGAGGAGCAGCUGAGGGAGCUGGGGUUGUUUAGCCUGGAGAAAAGGAGGCUUGGGGUGACCUUAUCAGUCUCUAAAAUGACCUGUAAGGAGUUUGUAGCCAGGUGGUUUCUCCCAGCCAGCCAGUGACAGAAUGAGAGGAAACAGCCAAGGGAGUUUCAGGCUGGACAUCAGGAAGAAUUUCUUCACUGAAAGGAGGGUUAAGCAUUGGAAUGGGCUGUCCAGGGAAGUGGUGGAGUCGCCAUCCUUGGAAGUGUUCAAGAAGCAACCAACCAUACAUGACAGUGCUAUGGCUUUGUUGACAAGGUGGUGUUCAGUUGAAGGUUGGACUCGAUGAUCAUGGUGGUCUUUUCCUACUUAAAUGAUGGCCAUUAAUGUAAAUUCAGCUUUCCUUAGUCAAGCCAAGGAGAGGUUUGUAUUGUUCGUCAACUGAGUCUGAAUGGAUCACAGUUUGAAUACUGUAAGUUAAAAUAUUAGCAGCCUGAGAUUUCUCUUCACAAGAGCAGGGAGUCUUGUGCAUUCAAAAUAACAGAGAGCUGCAGCAGACAUGUAACUUGCCUGUUCUUCAAGGGACGUGAAGUCAAAGUGGUAAAACAAAUCAAAAAGCUCCAGCUGAACCCAAGGAUGGAAGUGUGCUGCUUGAAUUCACCUUAUCACAGUAAUCACAUUGUUCUAUUUACUUCUGAGUCAAUGCAGUCAUGAAGCUGGCAGUUUUCAAAGUCAUCAGCAGUUCCAUGUAAAAGCACUGGAAGCUUCUGGUUUUCCAUUUUUGUUUUUCAGAGAAAUGUCAAAGUCAAAAGCUGGGUGCCUAUUACAAAAUCUUGCCUUAUUGUUUUAAAUGCUGAAACAUUUGUUUCAUUGUCUUGUGUUCUAUUUCUGCUCUGAAUGCCUUUAAGUAGUGAGAUUUUUUUUUUUUUUUUGAAUACUGAUUGCUUUACAAGCCCAAAGAUGAAACAAAAGUUCAGUUACAUUUUAUGAAUUGCAUCCAAGAUACUGGACAUGUGAGUGUUUCUAAAAGAGAAUUCCAGACAAAGAUUUAACAACUUGGCAGUUGAGCGACCAGAGAGUAAUUUUCCUUUUAUAUAUAGCCAUUUCACUGUAGUGAAGCCUAAUAUAUAUCUAAUACAUAACUCUAACCACUUCUGUCUUUUUGAACUAGACUAAAAUAUAAACAUACUUCCAAAGAUCAAGGGUACAUAUGCAUUAACUUUCUUUGUGUAGCAAUACAAACAAAAAUUCAAUUGCCCUGUGUUCUUCUGAAGCAUCUAAAAUUCCCUUGAUUUGGGAUUAUGUAUUUCUUAAAUACUAUCAUUCAGCCUGCUGAAUAUGCAGGCUGAGUUGUAAAAGAUAUCGGAUGAAGCCAAAUUUCUUUCUGUAAAUAAAUAACUUCAUAUUCUUGCUCUUCUCUGCAGAUAUUUUUUGAGAAUGUAGUUACAUAUUAUGCUAUAAUGUGGGAGAAAAAGCUAGAAAUAGAAAUAAAGAAGUUCAGUCUUAGCACAUUUUGUCCUUCUAUUAAUAGUUGUCAUAUUACAAAACAUUCAGAAUAACUGAAGAAUCAAAAUGAAGUGGGUAAAACAGCUGCACUGAAAUAUUUGUCUAAUUGACUGUGAAAAUGGUUUAUGGUGAGCACAAGGGAGAAUAUGUUUGAUUAUGACAGACAGCCUUAUUUCCAUAGCUCACAUUUUCGUCCAUGCAACAUAAAAACCUGAAAAUGGAUACCGGUUACGUAUUGUUGCUAUUACCUCAGUGUGUAGCUGUGUAUUUUUCACCCUUCUGAACAACAUUAGUAUCUUUCCCACUAAAAUACAGAAUUGAAUGAAAACCCAAACACUACACUACAAAACCAGGAAGCUAAAAGGAGAUUUAAAAUUUUUAGUGAUAUCUGAGAGAAAAUAUUGCUACCAAUUAUGAGACUCAUAGAAAUGCAUAAUUUAUUGAACAUUUCAGACAAGGUAACUAUAGCAACCUUAUUAUUUACAAAAACAAUUUCAAUUGAUUCUCUUAAUUUAUAGCUGAAUAAAAAACAACCUGAAAGCUAAAGCAGACUUUUCACUGGACCCUGAGAUGAAGGGAUAUGUAAUAUUCCUGUUUAAAGGAAAACUUUCUUCCACAGAAUUAACCACUCUCUAAGGUGUUUGGCCACUACUAUAGCUUGGAAGUCUUGACAAAUAUUUAAAGAACAGGAAAAUGGAAGUUGGAUUAGGAACCUGUCCUUCUGUUUCACCCACUGGAAAUCUCAAGAAGCUGAACAGGUGACGUUUUUCUGAGUUUGUUAAACAAUUCUUCUUGCAUGUCGUUUAUGCCUAGAAAUGCAUCUAUGCAAGGGAUCUCUCUCUCUUAUAUUCACAUACAAAGUCCUUUGGUGUGAGACAGGAUAUGAAUAAAUUUUACUUUAAAUGCCCAAUACAUGAUUUUGUAAUAAAUACAUCUCAGCAGUGCCUUGUGCCUAAUGUGUUUACUGUCCUGAGACACGGAAAGUUCUCUACCAUGAAGAUGUUAGUUGCUCUGUUUCCCAAGUAUUCCCUACUAUGACAAACCACAGUGUG